AUGCCCCCCGCAUCCGCAGUUAUACCCAUCGUCGACCUCUCCGGUCCCCAAGCAGACGUGGCAAAGCAACUAGUCGACGCCGCCGCCGACCAUGGCUUCAUCUACAUCCGAAACCUCGGCCACGACAUACCCGUAGCCAGCAUUGACGAAGCAUUUGCCCUGUCCGAGAAGCUGUUCAGCGCACCGUCAGACGAAAAGCAAGCAUGCUCCAUCCAAACCAACAAUCGAGGAUGGGUAGGCAUGCAUGCCGAGACACUGGACCCCCAGAACCAAAAGGUGGGAGAUUUCAAAGAAGCCUUCAACUUUGGCGAGUUCAUAAACAGCAAGGCCCAGCAGCCCAUACCGCCCACCGUCGCCGCCGACGAAGGCCGUUUCUCUGCCUUUGCCGACCUCUGCCGCGCUCUGUCUCUCAAAAUCCUCACCCUCCUAGGCCAGGGCCUCCAAGUGGACGACUUCUUCACCUCUGCACACUUCAGAUCGCCCUCGGGGAGCGGCAGCACCCUCCGCUUCCUCCGCUACCCCCCGCCGUCAAGCACAUCCCACGCCGCCGAGGACGUCCGCGCCGGCGCCCACUCCGACUACGGCUCCAUCACCCUCCUCUUCCGCCUCAAGGGCCAGGCUGGUCUGGAAAUCCUCAAAAAGGACGGAACAUGGGCGCCUGUCCCUGUCUCGCCGCCGGGCACCGAGAACGAUGCCAGUCCUCCCAUCCUAGUCAACAUUGGCGACUUGUUGUCGUAUUGGACCAACGGGCUCUUCAGGAGCACCGUCCACAGAGUGGUCUUCCCUACGAAUGGCGCAGACGGGGUCGACGGCGAGAGCAGCAGCGAGCCGCGAUACUCGAUCGCCUUCUUUUGCCAGCCCAUGGACGAUGUCUUGCUGGAGCCCGUGCCGAGUGAGCGAGUGAGGAGUUUCGUCGAGGACGGUGUAGUGAAGAAUCCCUAUGCCGAGAGAAAAGUCGUGACGGCACGGCAGCACCUGUUCAUGAGGUUGAGAGAGACCUACGGCACGUUGUAUGAGGACGAGAAGGAUUGA